AUCAUUUUUACAAGCAUCCCACUCUUUUUGACUGCCUGUGAUACAUAUCAGAAAAUAAUGAUCCUGACAGAACAGGCUGUGUAUUGCUCUUUGUGGUCUUAUCUGUGUUCUACUCAUGUUUUACUCUGACAUCCAUUGGUGAGCCUUGCACUAGACUGGAAAAAAAACAUUAUCAUAACACGGGUGACGUCACGACGAGUCAGCUGCCAGAAGAGUUUUCCGGUCGGACAUCAUGAGUGAAGAUGAAGCUCAAGGGGCCAAUCCUGCUCCUGGUCCUGCUCGCUGUUGCAGGACUGAGCCGAGCCCAGGUCAAGACCUCUCUCCUGGAUUUGACCAACAGCAUCGGGAACAUCCUUCCCCGUCUCAGCCGACCAGCAAACCACAGCCGCAUCUUCUAUGCAGUGAUGUUUGAUGCAGGGAGCACAGGGACACGCAUCCAUGUCUACACCUUCAUCCACAGUGACUCAGAGGAGCUGCCUGUUUUGGACAAUGAGAUGUUCCAUUCCAUAAAGCCCGGUUUGUCAGCAUAUGCUGACUCCCCUGAACUGGCUGGACACACAGUGAGGAUGAUGUUGAAGGUGGCCAAGAAGACUGUGCCUCGCCUGGAGUGGAAGAGAACUCCACUUGUCCUCAGAGCCACAGCUGGACUUCGGCUGCUGGCUGCAGAGAAAGCCCAGGCUCUUUUGGAGCAGGUUCAACAUGUGUUUGACGAAUCUCCUUUUUUGGUCCCAGACAACAGCGUCAGCAUAAUGAACGGCACAAAUGAAGGAAUCCUGGCUUGGAUAUCUGUGAACUAUCUGACAGGUCACCUGAAUGCACAAAACAAGAAGACAGUGGGAAUCUUGGAUCUGGGAGGAGGAUCCACGCAGAUCACUUUCCUGCCGAAACUGAGGAAAACCAUUGAAAGUGUUCCUUUUGCCGACUACAUUGCCAGAUUGGGCAUCUCCAACUCAUCAUUUGAAUUAUACACUUACAGUUACCUUGGAAAUGGACUGAUGGCAGCGCGACUGGCCACACUGGGCGCUCUGGGUGCAGAAGGGUUGGAGUGGCGGGUUUUUAAAAGUCCCUGCCUGCCAAAGAAGUUCAGGGAUGAAUGGAGUUUUGGAGGGCUGACCUAUCAAGUGAGCGGGGACCCAGAUGGUUAUGCAGGAUACAAGCUUUGUUAUCAGGAAGUACUUAAGGUGGUGAAGGGGAUUAUUCAUCAGCCGCAUGAGCUCGAGGACAGCAACGUAUUCUAUGCAUUCUCCUAUUAUUUUGACAGAGCUGUGGAUGGAGGCCUUAUCGAUGAGGUCCAAGGAGGGAUGCUGGAGGUAAGAGACUUCAAGAAGAGAGCUAAAGAGGUGUGCAAUAAGAUGACCAAGUACCCUCCCAUCCGUUCUUUCCUGUGUAUGGACCUGACCUACAUCACUUGCCUGCUCAAGGAUGGAUUCGGCUUCAAGGAGAGCACCGUGCUGAAGUUGACCAAGAAAGUGAACAACGUGGAGGCAAGCUGGGCUUUGGGCGCCACGUUGGACCACUUCCACAACCUGAAGAUCCACUGAGGAGAAGGGAGGAACAAACACUGCUCAUUUAGGUGGUGCUCAAUAACAAACACGGGUAAUGUGCACUACCUUAUCUUACGGCCCCAGACAGUUGCAGUUUGUUUUAUGAGGGCAGAGCUAACCCCAUGAGUAAUUCUUAAUUUUUUUUUAAAAAGCAAUUAUUCUCAAGUGUAAUAUAUUGAGCUGUAAAUGAGCAAUGUGUUGCCUUACUCAAAGAACAAGUGAAGCACUGGAGGUUGACAUUUGAGUGAAAGAUGUUACCAAUAACACUCCGUUUUGAGCAUUACUAGAUACACAAUUUGUUUGAGAUGGAUGUUUUCCUCCGGCUGAUAAACCGGGUGGCCUGGCUGGUUGUGCAAGACCAGUGUUUACAUGCAGCAACAUGAUGUACUGAGCUUCAGUAGUUUUUAUUGUCCUGGUUUUUGUAGUUAGUAAUAAGCAUAAUGGUACAUUUAAAUUUGACAGGCAAUCAUAUCAGCCAUUGGAAGAAAUUUAGAGAUAAGUGGGACUCAUUAUCAUCACUUCAUUUCAACCUCACACUGCUGUUUACAAUGAUAAUGCAUUAUAUUUUCAUAAACUUUUCAAA